AUGGGUGUCCCUAUUUGGAGACCAUCGGUUCCAGAGCCUGCAGAUUUAUCUCAACGUGCCCCAAAGCGUUACCGACUUUCUGAUACGACUAGUCAUUUUGUUAAUCCGCGAUCUCGUUCUCGAAUUAGACCUAGACGAACAUAUGAUCCUAGUGCGUUUUUAGACGCUUCUUCUUUUUUUAAUGAGACCAAUUCUCCAGUAUCUCUUUAUCCUGAAGGUAAUAAUGGUUCUUCUUUUAGAGGGUCUCUUUUUCAACGCAGACGAUCACUCUCACUAAAUUCUACUCAGAAUACAAAUAACCCAGACAACCAAGAAUUAUCUAAUUUGCGAGAACCACCUCAAAAUUUAUUUGAAGACACCUUAUCUUUACAAGAAAAUAAUACAAGUACCUCUAAUUUAGCUACUUCAAAUCGCCAUAGAAGUUUACUUAGACGCAGAAACACUAUCUAUUAUUCACAAAGAUUACGCAACAGAGACUUAGCAAGAGCUCAAGCCUUAGAUCAAGAAGAUGAUUCUAUAAAUUUUGCAACUAGCAAUGUAACCUCAGGGGCUUUCAAUCCCUUUUCAGAUGAACUUGAAUUUCAGCCGCAUAAUUUUAUGGAAGGUCCUCGCAGAGAUAUAUUCCCAAGCUCCAUACUUAUUCAUGAUCUAAGCAAUAAUAACCAACCUGAAAACAUUGGAAUGGGAGUUUCUCAGGAUGAAAUUAGUGUUAACAGCAGUGAUAGCGAAGUUAACAACGACAACGAUAAUGAUAAUGACAAUGACAAUGACAAUGACAACGACAACGACAAUGAUAAUGAUAAUAAUUCAUCUCCCCCAACUUCAGAAGAUCUCUUCAGAUCUUUUAACUUGAUUAGAAGGGUUUUGAAUUAUUCUGACCGGAAUUUAAAUGAACAACCAAAUGAAAGACAGAGUGAGAACUUAUCAGAUAUUGAAAGGCGAAGGAAUGGGGCAAGAAGGUUAUUGGAAUAUUUUCGUGAUCAUGGAUACUUGUCAAAUCGUAAUUCUUUUACCAGCGAUGUGACUGAUAACAAUGAUUUAGCUGAUGGAACUUCAACACAACUUCCAGUUACUGCUGAUAAUAUACGCGCACAUAUGGAUGAAGUCACUGGUUAUAGAAGGUUGAUUUCUUCAGUACAAGCUAAUUCAAGAUUACGUCUUUUUGGAAGAGAUCAAAAUAAUAGGACUUCAGCUCCUGAUUCUAAUAUCGACAACGUUACUCAUCUCAGUGAAGCAGCAGCUAGACUAAGACGCACUCGCACACGCCGAAGUUCAGAUUUGGCAAAUCAAAUUUUUCGAGAAAACCAACCUUCUCAAGAAAAUGAUCUUACUCAAGAGAAUGGUUCCACUUUGAAUCAAACUGAAAAUAUUUCUGAAGGAUCUUCUAUGAGAACUUUGAUCCUUAGACCAUUUAACCCUAACAGUAUUUUUAUAUUUUCAAGAAUAGAACAACCUCAAUUUUCAAACAAUGACAAUUCAAUAAAUUCACUCAUCCCCCGAUUAAUCAAUGAUCUUAUUCAUGCUCAGGAAUAUCUUCCACACGAUCCAUCAUGCACUUCCAUCAAUAAUUGUGAUAGCACACAGGCUGGCCCUGAAUCAUUAUCGAUCUUUGAUGACCCUGAUUUAUCUUCAAAUACCGUUACUUUGACUUCUUCAUCAACGAUCCCCUCAUCAGUUCCUGACUCUCCAAGAUCUACCACUUCAAAUGUUUCGUCAAUUUCAGUAUCGUCUUCUGCAUCAUCUCUUUUUUCAAAUGGAUCUUUGUCAUCCAUGAGACCAUUUAUUUCACUGCCUCCUUCUACUCGUAGAGUACAAUUUUUAGAGCCUGAAUAUGGAAGAGCUAGACGCAGAAGAAUACGACUUGAGCUUGAAAGUGAUUUUCCAGAUCUUAGAACUGCUAGGUCUCCGGGGAACAGUGUUUCAAUUGAAAACAUAACUGAUCCUUCUUUGGUUACAAACCAACGAAUUACAAGAUAUGUUGAACAAACUCGCCAACAACUUCAGACCCCUGAAUUCGCGGAACCCAAUACCAAUCAGCCACAAGACUUACAACCUGAAAACGUGGAUUGA